AUGUCGCCAAUUCCUUGGGAGCUCCCGGCAUGGGUGCCUCAACAGUCGUGGAUUGCUUGCACCAUCCUCGUCCUCACAUCAUGCGUGACAUCAACUACUCUAGGCUUCGAUGGUUCCAUGAUGAAUGGACUCAACAUCCUUCCCUCGUACACGGAUUACUUCACCCUAACCACAGCCACUCUAGCGCUCAACACGGCUUCAGUGUGGAUGGGCAGCGCAAUAGCGGGCAUAGGGUACGCCAAAGUCCCGGACUGGAUUGGUCGCAAAUGGGCUCUGUUCUUCGGGGCUGUCUCCACAAUCAUCGGUGUCGUCCUCCAAACGGCCGCCCAGAACAUCGCCAUGUUUGUGAUCGCGAGGAUCAUCAUCGGCUUCGGGACUGGCGCCUCGUCCAUCGCUGCGCCCGUCUACCUGUCAGAGACUGUGCCUGUGAAGCUUCGCGCGGUCUCGCUGGCUCUAUUGUAUGACUUUUGGUAUGUUGGGGGUCUGAUCGCUGCUGGUGUCACGUACGGCACCGCAAAGAUGGAUUCCACUUGGGCCUGGCGUCUCCCGUCAGCCCUCCAGGGGCUCUUCAGCGUUCUUUGCAUAGUCCUCAUCCCAUUCACCCCGGAGUCCCCUCGAUGGCUUCAAGACCAGGGGCGGAAUAAAGAGGCUCUGCUGGCAUUGGCGCAGACCCAUUCGAAUGGGAACAUCGAUGACCCUGCCGUAGUCAUCCAAUUUCGCCAGAUCACGGAUACCCUUGCGUUCGAGAAGUCAUUCGAGAGCCCUUCAUUCAUGAAACAAUUCGCCAACAGCUCUUCCACUCGCAGGCGCAUAUUCUUGGUCUGCACCGUCGCCGUCUUUUCCAUGCUCUCCGGAAAUAACAUUAUUUCAUAUUACUUCGGAACAAUGCUGACGCAGGCGGGAGUAACGAACCCGACUACACAGCUUGAGAUCAACAUCAUCCUCAACGCGUGGUGCUUGGUCGUUUCUCUCGUGGGCACUGCUAUGGCGGACAAACUAGGGCGUAAAGCUCUGGCUGCCAUUUCCACGGCGCUGUUGACCAUUUUCAUCUUCCUCGUGGGCGGAUUGACCAAAGUCUACGGCGACUCGACCAAUAACUCCGGUAUCUACGGGACGGUGGCCACAAUAUUCCUCUUCCAGGGAGCAUACAGUUUCGGUUGGACGCCUCUUACUGUCCUGUACCCGCCGGAGGUCCUCAACUAUGGUCUCCGCUCGCUCGGCAUGGGCAUUUACACCUUCCUCGUGAACGGAGUGGGAUUGAUGGUAACAUUCUCAUUCCCAUUUGCGCUUGAAGCCAUUGGCUGGAAGACGUACAUGAUCAACGGCGCGUGGGACGUGCUAGAGCUGGUCGUGGUCUUGGUGUUCUGGGUUGAAACGAGCGGGCGCACACUGGAGGAGAUCGAUGAGAAUCUUGACGGAGAGGUCCACAGCGAGGCGCCCAAGUUGCGGGCUAUCAUGGGUGUGGCGCCAGAAGACAGGGAGGGCAUCGUGGAUGCCUUGGACUUGGGAAGGGAUAAGAAGAUGGAGGUAAUGGGCGAGGUGAGAGAGGUUGCUGAGGAGUAG